AUGGGGUUCAUAAGUGCGGUCGCCCGCCCUCUCCAGCUAUGCACGCGGUGCUUCCAAUGGUCUAGCGCUGUCAUUGUCAUGGGUAUCACCUCGUACUUUAUCGCUAAGGGGCCCCAUGGACAGCACAUCAUCUAUCAGGAAGUUAUUUCCGUUUUGUCGGUAGCCUUCUUCCUCCCAGCUUUCGUCUCGCCCUUCCUGCCCUCCGCCUUGAGCAAGUUCGUCCUUCUGAUUGACGUGGUAUUCUCUUACCUCUGGUUAACUGCCUUCAUCUUCGCCGCCCAAGACUACGACAAGAACCACUUCCUGUGCGACGCCCGCGCCCCACCCGGUGCAAGCUGCAGCAAGAAGAAGGCCAACGAAGCUUUCAUCUUCCUGGCAUUCAUCUUCACCUUUUUCGGUGCUUUCAUCGAGGUUGCCAGUCUCUGGGCUUAUCGGAAGGAAAAUUCUUCCGGCCCUGUCCAUGAGAAGCACGACGGGACUCGCGCUCCCUUGGAUGCUCCCGCUCCCGCUGCCGAACAGCCGGCUGCUACCGUCUAA